AUGGACCCACAAGCAGGAAUAUCUCAGAAGGACAUCUAAUGUUAUCCCUGGAUUGUGACAUAACAGAUAACGACAGUAGACAGGAUUCUCCAGGAGAUAACCUCAUUACCCCAAUUAUACAUCCAGCUCUAUCAACUGAUCCCCCUGAUCCUGGGAAAUCUUCUCCUGAUCACUCUGAUAUUGGUGCAUCUAUUACAGCUCUGAGAUUAGAUACAGAGUUUCCCUGUUCUACAGAUGCCAAAUGUUUUACACAGAACACAAACCGUAUUACUCAUCAGCCAGCUAAGGCAGGUGGAAGGCCAUUUCCAUGUUCUGAGUGUGGGAAAUGUUUUACAUAUAAAUCAGAUCUUGUUACACAUCAGAGACGUCACACUGGUGAGAAGCCAUUUCCAUGUUCUGAGUGUGGGAAAUUUUUUACAAGUAAAUCAAAUCUUGUUACACAUCAGAGACUUCACACAGGUGAGAAGCCGUAUUCCUGUUCUGAGUGUGGGAAAUGUUUUGCACAGAAAUCUGAUCUUUUUAAACAUCAGAGAAGUCACACAGGUGAGAAGCCGUAUUCCUGUUCUGAGUGUGGGAAAUGUUUUGCAUCGAAAUCAUAUCUUGUUACACAUCAGAGAAAUCACACAGGUGAGAAGCCGUAUUCCUGUUCUGAGUGUAUGAAAUGUUUUCCACAGAAAUCAGAUCUUAUUACACAUCAGAGAAGUCACACAGGUGAGAAGCCGUAUUCCUGCUCUGAGUGUGGGAAAUUUUUUGCAUCGAAAUCAAAUCUUGUUACACAUCAGAGAAGUCACACAGGUGAGAAGCCGUAUUCCUGUUCUGAGUGUGGGAAAUGUUUUACAUCGAAAUCGGAUCUUUUUAAACAUCAGAGAAGGCACACAGGUGAGAAGCCGUAUUCCUGUUCUGAGUGUAUGAAAUGUUUUACACAGAAAUCAGGUCUUGUUACACAUCAGAGAAGGCACACAGGUGAGAAGCCGUAUUCCUGUUCUGAGUGUAUGAAAUGUUUUCCACAGAAAUCAGGUCUUGUUACACAUCAGAGAAGUCACACUGGUGAGGAGCCAUUUCCAUAUUCUGAGUGUGGGAAAUUUUUUACAAAUAAAUCAAAUCUUGUUACACAUCAGAGAAGUCACACAGGUGAGAAGCCGUAUUCCUGUUCUGAGUGUGGGAAAUGUUUUGCACAUAAAUCAUCUCUUUUUAAACAUCAGAGAAGUCACACAGGUGAGAAGCCGUAUUCCUGUUCUGAGUGUGGGAAAUGUUUUGCAUCGAAAUCAAAUCUUGUUACACAUCAGAGAAGUCACACAGGUGAGAAGCAGUAUUCCUGUUCUGAGUGUAUGAAAUGUUUUCCACAGAAAUCAGAUCUUAUUACACAUCAGAGAAGUCACACUGGUGAGAAGCCAUUUCCAUGUUCUGAGUGUGGGAAAUUUUUUGCAUCGCAAUCAAUUCUUGUUACACAUCAGAGAAGUCACACAGGUGAGAAGCCGUAUUCCUGUUCUGAGUAUGGGAAAUGUUUUGCAUCAAAAUCAAAUCUUGUUGCACAUCAGAAAAGUCACACAGGUGAGAAGCCGUAUUCCUUUUCUGAGUGUGGGAAAUGUUUUGUAUCGAAACCAAAUCUUGUUACACAUCAGAGAAGUCACACAGGUGAGAAGCCAUAUUCCUGUUCUGAGUGUGGGAAAUGUUUUCCACAGAAAUCGGCUCUUGUUACACAUCAGAGAAGUCACACAGGUGAGCAGCCAUAUUCCUGUUCUGAGUGUGGGAAAUGUUUUGCACACAAAUCAUCUUUUGUUAGUCAUCAGAGAAGUCACACAGGUGAGAAGCCGUAUUCCUGUUCUGUGUGUGGGAAAUGUUUUCCACAGAAAUCGGCUCUUGUUACACAUCAGAGAAGUCACACAGGUGAGAAGCCGUAUUCCUGUUCUGAGUGUGGGAAAUUUUUUGCAACGAAAUCAAAUCUUGUUACACAUCAGAGAAGUCACACAGGUGAGAAGCCGUAUUCCUGUUCUAAGUGUGGGAAAUGUUUUACACAGAAAUCAGGUCUUGAUACACAUCAGCGAUUUCACAGGUGAGAAGCCAUUUUCAUGCUGUGAGAAAUAAAUCCGCUCUUGUUGAACAUAUUAGACAUUACCCAAGCAAGGAAACAUUUAAAUCUUCUGGAGUAUAAUUAUCACUGUCAUGCAAUGUUCCUCAAGGGUCAAUCCUAUCUCCUAUGCUUCAUGCAAUAUACAGUCUGGUCCAUAUAUGUUGGGACAUCGACACAAUUCUCAUAUUUUGGGCUCUAUACACCACCACAAUGGAUUUGAAAUUAAACAAACAAGAUGUGCUUUAACUGCAGACUUUCCGCUUUAAUUUGAGGGUAUAUACAUCAAAAUCAGGUGAACGGUGUAGGAAUUAAAAUGGUUUUUAUAUGUGCCUCCCACUUUUUAAGGGACCAAAAGUAAUGGUACAAACUAAACAAUCCUAAAUCAAAUAUUGUAAAUCAGAUCAGUGCGCUCGUCCAGUUCAACAAAAAAUACUUUACUACUUAAUGUGGUCGCAGCCCGGAUCAGUGUUUCGUGAAUUGAGCUUUGACAUAUUUUCCAAGGGCGAUCUGAUUACCAUCUCCUAGAUGAAGACCUGGAUACAAUAUCCAUACUGAUAUGCAAAUAUUUAUUUAUCUGGUACGCAUAUAAAUUUUGUGUGAUAACUGAAUUUAAUCCCACAUACGGAAAUAUACUACGCUAUAUAGCGAUUCUUUGUGUCUCCUAGCAGCAUUUAGAUCCCAGCAGUAACCUGGACUAAAGAAUGGGGGACGGAUACGCCAUGUGUCAAGCCGUAAUCCGUACGCUAUAAUAUUCUUGCGUGUGACAAAACUAGUGAUGAGCGGAUUCGGUUUUACUCUGUUCUCAAAACGGCAUCUUAUUGGCUUACAGAUGUCAUGUGUUUUGUAUAGCCAAAAAGAUUCUGUUUUGAGAUCCGAGUAAAACCGAAUCCGCUCAUCACUAGACAAAACUGAUUGAAAAAUACUACACCAUAGUCGCUCUCUUGUUUCUUCCUUUGUUUCCAGAAUCCUAAAUCAAACUUUUACUUUUUAAUACUUUGUUGCAAAUCCUUUUGUCAGUUACAGCCUGAAGUCUGGAAAGCAUAGACAUCACCAGACGCUGGGUUUCAUCCCUGGUGAUGCUAUGCCAGGCCUCUACUGCAAAUGUCUUCAGUUCCUGCUUGUUCUUGGGGCAUUUUCUCUUCCGUUUUGUCUUCAUCAAGUGAAAUGCAUGCUCAAUCGGAUUCAGGUCAGGUGAUUGACUUGGCCAUUGCAUAACAUUCCACUUAUUUGCCUUAAACGCUUUGGUUGCUUUCGCAGUAUGCGUCGGGUCAUUGUCCAUCUGCACUGUGAAGCGCCUUCCAGUGAGUUCCGAAACAUUUGACUGAAUAUGAGCAGAUAAAACUGCCCAAAACACUUCAGCAUUCAUCCUGCUGCUUUUAUCAGUAGUCACAUCAAUAAAUACAAGGAAACCAGUUCCAUUGGCAUCCAUACAUGCCCACGCCAUGACACUACCACCACCAUGCUUCACUGAUGAGCUGGUAGGUUUUGGAUCAUGAGCAGUUCCUUUCCUUCUCCAUACUCUUUUCUUCCCAUCACUCUGGUACAAGUUGAUAUUUGUCUCAUCUGUCCAUAGGAUGUUGUUCCAGGACUGUAAAGGCUUUUUUAGAUGUUGUUUGCAAACUCUAAUCUGGUCUUCCUGUUUUAUUGCUCACCAAUGGUUUACAUCUUGUGGUGAACCCUCUAUAUUCACUCUUGUGAAGUCUUCUCUUGAUUGUUGACUUUGACACAUAUACACCUAUCUCCUGGAGAGUGUUCUUGAUCUGGGCAACUGUUGUGAUGGGGUUCGUGCUAUUUAGUA